AUGAGUUCCUACUUGAAUCAUACCAUCGGAUACGAUGAGACUAAGUUCAGUGCUGGGCCAGGUGUGAACAUGGACGACCUAGAAGUCCGUGAAGAUUGGGACGGACGGCCAGCAAGCACUUGGGCUGUACAACGUAUUGGAGUAUUGCUAUCGAAAGUGGAGAAACACACAUACCAGAUCUGCCACAACCCGAGAUAUGAAAAGGUCGAUCCGUCCCGACUGAUACCGGGGCACUUGCUUCGCCAGAUUGCCAAUGAAUCAUUUGGUUAUGACGGCUGGAAGAUGGAGGUUCUUCAAGUGGAGGCUCAUGAGAAAUCCACCCCUACUUCUCAUGCAGGAACGGAAGAGGCAACAAAACACACUGUCCUAGCGGAAGCCAGAGUUGAGAUUCGCCUCAAAGACGGCACAAACACGCAAGCGAGUGGUUUCGGUUAUGCCACUUUGUCCAGCAAAGGCCAAAGUUUUGGCAAGGCUCAGAAAGAAGCCUGUAACCAUGCUUUCAAGAAAGCGAUACUUGGGUUUGAGAAAAUCAUUAUGGAACAUGGAAUGAAAGUGGAGAAUAAAUAUUAUGUAAAUGGUCUCUAUCCUUCUGAGAUGAAAAAGGAGAAAAAUUAG